UUAGACAAUGUGUUGGAAAAGAAUUUCAUCAAGUCUGGCUCCACAUUCAAGGUUAAAGUUGGUGAUAAAGAAUGUGAUGUACUCACCGGAUUUCGCCUUUACGUCACAACGAAGCUGCCAAAUCCAUCGUACACUCCAGAGAUAUAUGCUAAAACCUCGAUCAUAGACUUUACGGUUACAAUUAGAGGUCUGGAAGAUCAGCUUCUAGGCGUUGUCAUACUUACUGAAAAGCAGGAGCUAGAGGCUGAGCGCACAAAACUGAUGGAGGAAGUUACGGCGAACAAGCGAAAAAUGCAGGAGCUAGAGGAUAAUCUGCUCUACAGGCUUACUUCGACUGAAGGCAGCCUAGUUGAGGAUGAAUCUCUGAUUCAGGUACUAGCCGUCACUAAGGCUACCUCAGAAGAGGUUCGUGAGAAAUUGACCACCGCUGCAGACACCGAGGUCAAAAUCAACACGGCUAGAGAGGAAUAUAGGCCUGUGGCGAGCCGUGGUUCUAUCCUCUACUUCCUCAUUGUUGAAAUGAGCAUGGUAAAUGUUAUGUAUCAGACAGCAUUAAAACAGUUUCUUGGUCUCUUCGAUCUCUCGAUGAUGCGGUCGGCCAAAUCGCCUAUAACGCAGAAGCGUAUUGGCAACAUCAUUGAAUAUUUGACUUACGAAGUGUUCCGUUACACAGCGCGUGGAUUCUACGAGACUGACAAGUUCACCUUCACUGUUCUCUUGAGCAUGAAAAUUGCCCUUCAUUCUAACGAUAUUAAGGCGGAGGAGUUCAAGGUAUUCAUCAAAGGUAAGAAAAUGAAGGGUUAA